UGACCGACGUCAUCACUACCCGCUUCCUCUGAGAUGUGAAGAAUGAGGAAGAAGAGUCCAUCCACCAGGUAGAGAGGAUAGAAGUCGUUACCAAAAAAGAAAUAGGCUUUCAGUCUAGUUGAUUGAAACUGGUUGAGUGUAGUUUGUUAAUAAAUCAAGUGCCAUUAACUUAACUUGUGGAAACUGGAGGGAUGGUGCGCGGCUGUACCGAAGGCUCGUGCGCUCAGUUUGUGGAGCGACACCAGUCAGCGCUGAAUUUUGCGCUGUUGGUUGCUGGUUACAUCCUUUACCUCAUAAUCGGCGCCGGGAUCUUCUCCGCCAUCGAGCAGCCGUACGAGCAAGCGCUUCGGCAGGAGCUGAUAGCGGCCCGGCAGGACUUCCUGAGCAACAACACCUGUGUGUCCGACGCGAACCUGGAGGAGCUUCUGGCCCGCGCGCUGGAGGCCAGCAACUACGGAGUGUCCGUGCUGGGAAACGACACCAACCGCAACUGGGACUUUGUGUCCUCCCUGUUCUUCACCAGCACCGUGCUGACCACAACAGGUUAUGGCCACACUGUUCCUCUCUCAGAUGAAGGGAAGGCCUUCUGCAUCUUCUACUCCCUCUUUGGCAUCCCCAUUACCCUCUUCUUCCUCUCUGUUGUGGUGCAGAGGGUUAUGGUCCUGGUGACUCAACGUCCAGUGUCCUACUUCCACCGUCGAUGGGCCAUGUGUAAAUCGAAGCUAGCCGCCAUACACGCUACCUGCUUAGCCAUCAUCAUGACCGUGCUCCUCCUCAUCAUCCCUGCGUGGAUCUUUAUCAGCCUGGAGAAGGACUGGGACUUUCUGGAGUCUCUGUAUUUCUGUUUCAUCUCUCUGACAACCAUUGGCCUCGGGGAUUAUGUCCCCGGAGAGACCAACAGUAAGGAGGCCAACCCACACCCACAGCUCUACAGGCUGGCUAUUACAGUCUACUUGCUGCUGGGCUUGGUGUGUGUCCUGGUGGUGCUGGAGACAUGUUGUGAGCUUCCGCAGAUGAGACGCCUCAGACAGAGGUUCUACCAAGAAAACCUUCGGGAGCUGGACUCUGAGACGACUAACAUCAUUGACCGCGAUCACCUGAGCGACCACUCGGAUCAGGUGACAGAUCACCUACCGGUCAUCCCUUCUGUGUCAGGACAGGCUGCGUACCUACAGCAGGACAACAAGUUGACGCCUUACACCCCAGCAUCAGGAUCUGCUGUUAACAGAAAACUUAGAUGACAGAUUGUCUGGAACACAUUGUUUUUGAGCGACUGGUCCAUAAACUUGUGCUCCAUUCAUGACUGCUCAGGACAUACCAGCUUUGACCUCUGCCUAAGUGUGUAUCUACGAAUAUAUAAGGAGCACGCUUAUGUGUAUAUCUACAUGUUAGCUGAUCACUUAAAAAGGGAUUGUUUUCUGCCAUUGCCAACACCAACAGACAUUUGAGGCGUAAAAGCAGGAACCACCCACAGACAGGAAGGCAUUGUUUUUUGUUCUCAUCUGUUGUUGCAUUCCCUGCAGAUAAGACCUAGAUCUGUGAUAUAGAGGAAGGGCUGGGGCCCCAAACGGAGGAAAACCCCACAAGGUUCCACUUCCUGCCAAAGUCUUGAUGCCGUAAUUCAAAAGUAGCACAGUAUGCUCUAGAGGAUUUCACAUCAGCUCAUAGCACAUUAUAUAAUCUAUGGUGGUAUUUGCAUAGGAUAUUUGCCUUCUUGGAAGUAGGAAAGCGGUACCAGGAGAAUCAGGCAUACCAUCAGUUGGCCUAUUGUACAUUAUGUGCAAUGAUUCCAAGAAGAUCAAUUGAUGGCAAGUAAUACACAUUUUUUUUCUUCCUAGAUGCUUACAAGUGAUUACUUGACUUCUGCUCCUGAUGGCAUGUUUAAGUACACUCAGAUGCCAGUUUAUUAGGUACACCUAGCUAAAACUAAUAGGCCUACAGUCUAAUACAAUAGUUCUGCCAUAAAUUCUACCUUUAUGAAGGUUAUAAAAUUAUUUUUAUGUUAAAAAUGUUUUAGCGUGGUGUUGAUUCAACCGUAUGAUCAUUUUGGAGGCUGCAGUUGAAUUGGGUGGACAAAAAAACAACUCUCUGUAUAACACAAUGCAAUCCAACAGCACCGCAAACUGCAGCCUCCAUAUGACCAUACAGUUGAAUCAGUAACUCUCUAAAACUGUUUCAAUAAAAACAUUGAACAUGGACAUUAUAACCUUCAUAAAGGGAGGAUUUAUAGUAGGACUGCUGCAUUAGUUUUAGCUAGAUGUACCUAAUAAACUGCCAAGUGAAUGUACUGUACUGCAUUGAGGUAAUCAUACUGCAAUGUGUGCCAUCCUACCACUAGAGGGAAGCAGUUUGAUUUUAUAUACAAAAGAUAGAUUUACAUGCAGUUAGUUGUUACUGGGAAUUUAUCUCUCAUGCUGCUUAGGGGGGUGUUUCUUAAAAAUGUAAAUAAGCUGCAAGAAUAUGUCAUUGUUACAGCUGAGGGUAAAGAAACAUGUUGUAACAUGUUGCAGUUUUUAUUAUCCAUAUGUUUUGUCAAAGUCAUCCCAGUUUACAGGAGUGCUAAACUACAUGUGCAGUGUAUGGUGGAUGUUUUAUGUCUAAUUAAUUUUUUUUUAUUAGCUAGUGACUCAACUUAAAAUCUAAAUCACAAAUCAAAAGGAUAUAACUUGUCUAUCAAAGAUAAUUUUGCUGCUGUUUUCAUUGUCGUUUUGCUGGUUUAUGGGUUUUAAUCAAGAACAGAACUUUGUAAUGGUAGUUUUUAUACAAUCCAAUUAGCUUAGUAUACAUAAAUCAUGCAACAUUGAAAUUUUAUAAUUGAUUAUAGUUUUACAAAUGUACAAAUGACAAGCGAAUCAAACAUUUUAUAUAAACUUGGGAUAUUUUAUUCA